AGAAAAAAACUAACUAAAUCCACUCCCUCCCUCCAUCUUAACUGACUCUUUCUCACUUUAACUUCACUCUUACUUACCAUGUCCACCUUCAUCUCCACUCCUCUCCUCUUCCACCAACCUCAAACCUUAACCCUAAAAUCAACCACCCAUGUCACCACCACCCACCACCUCCUUCAAAUCCCCCCUUCCAAAGCUCCCACUUUUCCCCAAAAUUCCCCCCUUCCCCUCCAAACCCAACACAAAAAGACUCCAUCUUUACAAACCCCACUGCUCCCCCUCCUCAAACCCACCUCCAAACCCCCCUAAACCACUAACCCAAACCCUAGUUUCCCUUCUCUGCACAAUCCCCGACUGGGCCGACGCGAUAAAAGAGCGAGGAAUGCAACAAAAACGCUCUCUUUACACCCAUGAUAAAUGGCUAGAACACAGAAGUUCGCUCCGUCAUCUACGUCAUUUGCUCUCGAGUUUCCAGUCGCGUGUUAUUUUAUCGUUAAUUCCGCCAGUAUUUGCGUUUACUUCGGUUGCUUUGAUCAUUGCUUGCUAUAAUUCGGCUGUGGAGUCGGAUUUCUUGCCCGAGUUUUUCCUUGUUUUGAGAACUUCUUCUUUGCCUUAUCAAUUGACUGCUCCUGCUUUAGCUUUGUUGCUUGUUUUUAGAACUGAAGCUUCUUAUUCGCGAUAUGAAGAGGGUCGAAAAGCUUGGACUAAGAUUGUUUCGGGUGUUAAUGAUUUUUCUACUCAGGUUAUUGGUACUGUUGAUAGUUCUACUGAUGCUGUACUCAAGAAUGCUCUCCUUCAGUAUAUUAUUGCUUUUCCAAUUGCUCUCAAGUGCCAUGUUACUUAUGGGUCAGACAUUGACCGAGACCUUCGUAAUUUGCUUGAAAUAGAGGAUUUGUCAAUGAUACUCAAUUCUGGGCAUCGUCCCCGUUGUAUUAUUGAGUUCAUUUCACAAAGUCUUCAAUUGCUCAACUUAGAUGAAUCGAAGAGACAACUGCUGGAGUCAAAAAUUUCAUCUAUGCAUGAAGGAAUUGGUGUUUGUGAACAACUUAUGGGAAUUCCAAUUCCACUGUCGUACACUCGCUUGACAUCAAGAUUUUUGGUCCUCUGGCAUCUAACUCUUCCUAUAAUUCUUUGGGACGAUUGCCAUUGGAUUGUGGUUCCUGCAACUUUUGUCAGUGCUGCUUCCCUGUUCUGCAUAGAAGAAGUUGGUGUUCUGAUCGAGGAACCAUUUCCAAUGUUAGCUCUUGACGAGCUUUGCGAUCUAGUCAAAAGCAACAUUCGGGAAGCAGUUGCAUCUGAGAAAGCCAUUCAGAAUCAACUUAUUGCCAAGAGACAGAGACAUGUUUGCGAGCACUUGUCGAAUGGACGGCCUAGCUCUAAGUUGGACUCUAAACUUAAGACCUGAUAGCAUAUUAUGGUGCCUAGGAGCUUCUGCUAUUUUGUGACAUCCUCUCCUCAUUGAAGCAUCCAAGUAAUAUAUAUAUAUAUAUAUAUAUAUAUAUAUAUACUCUAAUUUAAGCAUGAUGUUACGGUCCAGAAAGAGUUUUUCCGCAGAUUACUCCUGCUUCUACAUCAUUCUGUAUAUAGAGCAAUGCCGCUAUAAUGAGACUCAUUUGAACGCCCAACAGAUUUCAGAAAUCACGAGGGCAGUGGUGAAUUCAUGAAAAGACCAAUUAUCUGAUUAAGAUAGUUUUUCAAAGAAUACUGAUCUGUACAAAUUCAUAGUAUAUAUACUUUUAUUUCUAGCUAGAA